CAACUGAUCAAUAAAAUGACAUUAGGCAUAGUGAAUGGGGCUUCUGUUCCAGUCCCACAGCCUCCCAGACUAGAACCCCAGGAACCCAACUCUGCCACCGGCACGACGAUUGCGGUGUACUGGAGCAUGAACAAGGAGGACGUCGUGGACUCAUUCCAGGUGUACUGCGUGGAAGAGCCCCAAGAUGACCAGGAAGUAAAUGAAUUGGUAGAAGAAUACAGACUGACUGUGAAAGAAAGUUACUGCAUUUUUGAAGACUUAGAACCUGACCGAUGUUAUCAAGUGUGGGUGAUGGCCAUCAACUUCACUGGAUGUAGCCUGCCCAGUGAAAGAGCAAUUUUUAGAACAGCACCUUCCACACCCGUGAUUCAUGCAGAAGACUGUACUGUGUGCUGGAAUACGGCCACUGUCAGAUGGCGGCCUGCUAACCCCGAGGCCACAGAGACCUACACUCUGGAGUACUGCAGACAACAUUCUCCUGAGGGCGAGGGCCUGAGAUCUUUCUCUGGAAUUAAAGGACUCCAGCUGAAAGUUAACCUGCAACCCAAUGACAAUUACUUCUUCUAUGUGAGAGCCAUCAAUGCAUUCGGGACAAGUGAGCAGAGCGAAGCCGCCCUCAUCUCCACCAGAGGAACUAGAUUCCUUUUGUUGAGAGAAACGGCCCACCCAGCUCUCCAGAUCUCCUCGAAUGGGACGGUGAUCAGCUUCUCUGAGAGGAGACGGCUGACAGAGAUUCCCCUCCGUGCUGGGGGAGGAGCUGCCUGCCUGUGGCCAGCAUUACUGGGAAACCACAGUCACAGACUGUCCAGCCUAUCGACUCGGCAUCUGCUCCAGCUCAGCUGUGAGGGCUGGUGCCCUGGACAAGGGGAGACCUCAUGGUACAUGCAUUGCUCUGAGCCACAGAGGUCAGGGGGAGGUAAAUGUGUCCUUUUGCUCCGUGAGCGGAAACUCUACUGGAAUUUGCUUGCUGAACACCAGGUCUUCUCAGAUGGAAUGAUAAAUGGAGAAGGAUCGAAGGCCUGGGAGCUCCAGAAAAUGGAUAAAAUAUGCAUUGAGUGUGGCGCAGCAGCGACAGACACCCACACGGCAAACCCGGCUGUGUGGGAUGCUGCCUCUCUCGCAAGUCAUCUCAGGUCAGAAACACCUCUGCUCCCAGAGAGUGCCAUUUAG